UGUAUACUGAUGUUACAACUCAUUUGUUGUUAUGGCUGGUCAGACAAUUGAUUCAAUUGAAUCAAUUUUAGUGUUCGCCAUAUUUCCAUAACAAACAGAUGGAUUAAUGCUUUCUUCAGUAUACCCAUGAGUAAGGAAUAUAGAUGAUGUAGCAUUUAGAUGCUUAGGCGAACUCCAGUUUACAAUGUAUCUUAAUAACGGUCUCCUAUAAUUACCCCUCUACGGCAUGAAUUUUAUUUAUUUGUUUCAGAAAAAAAUAUUUUGCCCCACCUUUAGAGAGCUUGGGGGUCCCUGUUGACAUAUCAAUCAUAAAAUGAAUAAAAUAAGAUCAUUGUUAAUGAUGGUUUGUAUUACAAAUAAUGAACAUGUUUGACCUGUAGUGGUUUUAAUGAGUUAUGUCAGACAUUGAGUUUCACUUUUCCUCAUUUCUAAUGGAGUACUAGGCCCUGUAAUGGAGUACUAGACCCUGUAAUGGAGUACUAGGCCUCUUCUGCAGAAUGAGAUCAAGCUUGCAGGUGACAAACGGCAUGUUUAGUGCUACAAGAAAGAAGUUUGGAGAGGGAGUCGAUAGUGACUACCCUGAUGACAGUAUGUACUAUGGCCAGCCAUCAAUGUUUCAGCAUCGAUCAGAAAAAGACAUGCUUGCAUCUCCUUCACCCUCAUCAUCAGGACAGUUGUCACAACUGGGUGCAAGUCUAUACGGGCCCCAAAGCGCACUAGGGUUCUCUAUAAGGGGCAUGAGCAAUAAUACCCCACAACUAAAUCGCAGCCUAACACAAAGCGUCCAACUACCGAGCCAUAUUACUCCAACAACAGGGGUUCCAACAGUGUCCCUCCAUACUCCACCCUCACCUAACAGAGGGAUCCUGCCCAUGAACACCAGAAACAUGAUUAACCACUCGCAAGUUGGCCCUGGCCUGGGCAUGAGUGGCAGGACCAACAGCAUGGGUAGUUCAGGACUGGGCAGCCCCAACCGUAGCUCGCCCAGCAUCAUCUGCAUGCCCAAGCAGCAGCCAGCACGCCAGCCAUUCACCAUCAACAGUAUGUCUGGGUUUGGAAUGAACAGGAACCAGGCAUUUGGGAUGAACAGCUCUCUAUCAAGUAAUAUCUUCAACGGAACAGAUGGGAGUGAAAAUGUGACGGGACUAGAUCUUUCAGACUUCCCAGCUUUGGCAGACAGAACUCGGAGGGAAGGAGGUGGCAAUCCUACUCCAUUGCACAACCCACUGGCGGGGAGAGCCCCCUAUGUUGGGAUGGUCACUAAACCAUCAAAUGAACAGUCUCAGGAUUUCUCCAUCCACAAUGAGGACUUCCCUGCACUUCCUGGGCCUAAUUAUAAGGAUCCCACAUUAACCAGUGAUGACAGCAAAUCAAAUCUAAACUCAUCAGGCAAGAACAGUUCUAGUGUGGAUGGUCCCAAGUUCCCUGGUGAUAAGGCAUCAUCAACACAGAACAACAACCAGCAAAAGAAAGGAAUUCAGGUUUUACCUGAUGGCAAGGUGACCAACAUUCCCUCUGGGAUGGUAACAGACCAGUUUGGCAUGAUUGGACUGUUGACCUUCAUCCGGGCAGCCGAGACAGACCCUGGGAUGGUUCAUUUGGCACUAGGAAGUGACCUAACAACACUAGGACUCAAUCUCAAUUCACCUGAAAAUCUGUACCCCAAGUUUGCCUCUCCUUGGGCCUCGGCACCGUGUCGACCACAGGACAUUGACUUUCAUGUCCCUUCAGAGUACUUGACCAACAUCCACAUAAGGGAUAAGCUGGCUGCCAUAAAGUUGGCUCGUUAUGGCGAAGAUCUUCUUUUCUACCUGUAUUACAUGAAUGGAGGAGAUCUCUUGCAACUCCUAGCAGCAGUAGAGCUUUUCAAUAGGGACUGGAGGUACCAUAAGGAGGAGCGGGUUUGGAUCACAAGGGCCCCAGGCAUGGAGCCCACACUGAAGACCAACACUUAUGAGAGGGGGACUUAUUACUUCUUUGACUGUCUUAACUGGAGGAAGGUAGCUAAGGAAUUUCACCUUGAGUAUGACAAGCUAGAGGAACGGCCACAUGUUCCAACAACCUUUAACUACAACCCAGCACAGCAGGCCUUCUGAAGCUGCCCUGCUGCUGAGAUGGCGAGUGUAAGCAGAGGGGCGGCCCGCUCAAAGACCACUGCUGCUCAGUGCUUCUGGUUGUAAAGUCCACACCAAACCUGGUAAAGGACUGGGAAGGGCAUGGCUGGACUGGAUUACCACCAAAGGGGAGAAAGGCCCUGCCUCACCACCUCCAUGCUACUCUCCAGCAUCCCAUUCAUUCAGUUUUUAAUCCCCCA